AACAUUCCCACUCAAGACUUUGUUGGCACCCUCUCUUCUUUGCCUGGGGCCACAUUUGAGGCUUUGACUACGGCUGCCAUUGGUGCUAACCUCCUGGAGACCAUCCAGGGUGCCACUGAUGUGACUCUGCUGGCCCCACUGGACUCAGAGAAUUUCUCUGUGGACAUUGUCAACUCUUUGCUGGAAGACCCAGAAGCUGUGGCUGGGAUUCUCUUGGACCAUGUUGUUGAUGGCUCCAUCUUCUCCAUUGGCAUUGGGGAGAGCAAGACUUUCACUACCCUCAAUGGAAACAACUUGGUUGUGUCCUUCACAGCAGACAAGGGCUACGUCAUCAGUGACGAGGCUGGCAACGAGUUGGCCGAUCUUGUGGCCGGCGAUGUCCCAACAACGCAAGGAGUGUUGCAUGUGUUGGACAGGCCCAUCCUGGUCUAAAGCAAGCCGUAGUAGUUGGGUUCAAUAUAUAAGGACGACAAUAAGAGGGGACUCUUCUUUCUUUAUUGGAAAGAAAGCCGUUGGGCAUCAUCAUCUUUGACGACGAGAUGUCGCCACUAAGCUAUUCCGCAUACGCGCUGUGUUUGUCCGUCAUGAGUUUUCUUCCAGCAGAUUUCUUUUUCUUCUUCUUCUGUUGGCGGAAUAAGUUAUUGUUGGAAAUGCAGUCCCGUUUGCUGUUGUCGAUUACA